AUGCCGGUGCGACUAUACGUGCCGAGGGGCCCCUCGCGUGUCUGCCAGCGGCGCAGCCCCCAGGGCCGCGGCGGCAAGGCCAGCGUGGGUGGGCGGCGUGUCCGCAGCGUCCCUGGCCGUGCUGCGUGCGACCGCGCACGGCGGAGCGCGACUCUGCGAGCUGAGCCCCCGGCGGGGAAGCUGGCAGCCAGCGUCGAGCGCUGGAAAUUUCCAGGGGGAGAUAGAAACUGGGGUGGGCUCCUACCGCGGUCACGCCAGGAUGCGCGUGAGGAGCCGGGAGCGAGCGGGACGGCCCGGAGCAUCCCCGCAGAGCCCGCGGCGCGUUGGGCGCUUUGUGCAGGCAGCAUGGAGGCAACGCGGCUCCGGGAAGCGCGGAGACGGCGUAGGCGAAGGCACGGCUGUGGUGUGCCGCUGCCCCUCGCCCUGGCCGGCACCGGGGUGCUGUGUGGUCUUGCUUGGGACCCCGUGUCUCCGUCGCGCAGGUAUGACGCGGGCAAAGACGGCUUCAUUGACCUGAUGGAGCUGAAGCUGAUGAUGGAGAAGCUGGGGGCUCCGCAGACGCACCUGGGCCUGAAGAACAUGAUCAAGGAAGUGGACGAAGACCUGGACAGCAAGCUCAGCUUUCGGGAGUUCCUGGUGAUUUUCCGCAAGGCGGCGGCGGGCGAGCUGCAGGAGGACAGCGGGCUGCACGCCCUGGCCCGGCUCUCCGAGAUCGACGUCUCCACGGAGGGGGUGAAAGGUGCCAAGAGCUUCUUUGAGGCCAAGGUGCAAGCCAUCCAUGAUGCCAGCCGCUUCGAAGAGGAGAUCAAGGCGGAGCAGGAGGAGAAGAAGAAACAGGCGGAGGAGCUGAAGCAGAGGAAGGCGGCGUUCAAGGAGCUGCAGUCCGCCUUCAAGCAGUGA